GACGCGUUGGGUGACUGAGGAUGAGAAGUGGGCGCUUCGUCGUGUAUGUAUCCAUCUAGUACUUGGAUAAGACGCGCCUAAGUGCGCGAAGGCCUGUUGAAAGCAGACUUCUGACUUGUUGUAGCAAGACAUCAACUUCUUCGACAUCACUCACAGUGAAGACUUGAGCACUCUCAGCGCAGAGAUCAGCGCCAAGAAAGUGACUUUCCCCUCGAAGACUGCACACAACGAAACUGUCUUCCCUCUCAUCAAGAAGCUUGAGAAGGAGAACAUGCGCAAGCACCUCGAGGUGUUUACUGCUUUCCACACUCGAUACUACAAGUCCAAAUACGGAGUGGAAUCUUCAGCGUGGCUUCUUGAGCAGGUCAGAAGUACGCUUUCGGACGCAGGUGCUGUCAACGCGUCUGUGAAGGCAUUCCCACAUCCCUGGGGACAGGCAUCCAUUAUUGCCACGAUUCCAGGCAAGAGUGAGAAGACGGUUGUCAUCGGUGCUCAUCAGGACAGCAUCAACCUCUUCCUCCCUUCCAUCCUGGCUGCGCCAGGCGCAGACGACGACGGAAGUGGAACCGUCACUAUCCUUGAAGCCCUGCGCGUACUUCUUCAGAGCAAGGACAUUCUUGAGGGCGAGGCGUCCAACACAGUCGAGUUCCACUGGUAUUCUGCAGAAGAAGGUGGUCUUCUUGGCUCGCAGGCCAUUUUCCAAACAUACCAGAAGGAGGGUCGAGAUGUGAAGGCAAUGCUGCAGCAGGACAUGACCGGCUACGUACAGAAGACACUUGACGCAGGCGAGCCAGAAUCUGUAGGCGUCAUCACUGACUUUGUCGACCCUGGCCUCACCGAGUUUAUCAAAGAGGUCAUCACCGAGUACUGCGACAUCCCGUACAUUUUGACCAAGUGCGGUUAUGCCUGCUCCGACCACGCCAGCGCUUCCAAGGCCGGAUACCCUUCAGCUUUUGUCAUUGAGUCUGACUUCAAGUACUCGGAUAACAAGAUUCACACGACGGAAGACAAGAUCGAGUAUCUUAGCUUCGACCACAUGCUUCAACAUGCGAAGUUGACCCUCGGGUUGGCAUACGAGCUUGCAUUUGCAGAGUUCAAGUAAAUUGCGUUGGGUGGCGAAACCGAAGUGGCUGUAUCGUAAGAGAAUGGACGAGAUUACGUUUAGUUGACGUUGGGUUUUGUUUGGUGGGAGCUUGUUUGAUAGGUGUUACUGUAAAGUAUCAUUAAUGACAAUCAUAGUAAUAUGUUG